GAGGUCAGAGACCAGGACUUCAUCAGGAUUAUUCUGUUUACUUCAGUUUUACAGUUUGAUUCACACUCACAGCUGAUUUGGACGGAUUCCAUUAACACGCUUUUUUCAAGUUUUCACAUUUUGAUUUUUUUCCCAUCACAAUGAGGAGCAGAAACUGAGGAUUUCCCUGAACUCCUGACAACAAAGACGAGCCUGAGAGCUGAAGACUGUCUACUUUUCAACCUUAAAAUAGGAACCAAAAAUUUAAACAAUAAACACAGAGUUGGACCAGAAGAACUACAAGACUUGGAAAUGGCAGCUGGACCACAGUGGCUCUGCGCAAAUUUGCUGUUUGUCAUGUUCGUCUCUGCAGACGAGAAAAUCAUCCCAGCUGAGUCUGGACAGGAUGUCACUCUGACAUGUCGAGCUACAAACAAGAACAUCUACACUUUAGAGUGGAGUAGAGCUGACCUGGGAGGUAAAAAUGUCCUUUUCUACUGGAAACAUCACUUUGAUCCAGCCAACCAGCAUCCAUCUUUUAAGAACCGAGUGGAUCUGAAGGACAGACAGAUGAAGGAUGGAGAUGUGUCUCUGAUUCUGAAGGAUGUGACAAUUGAUGACACUGGAAGAUACGAGUGUCGUGUGGUCAUGGAACAAACACGCUCAUGGGGGUUCAUCAGCAUCAUCAACCUAAGAGUUGUUGUUCCUCCAGACAAAAUCAUCCCAGCUGAGCCUGGACAGGACGUCACUCUGACAUCUCAAGCUCCAAACAACAACAUCACAGCUGUAAAGUGGAGCAGGGCUGACCUGGGAGAUAAAAAUGUGCUUUUGUACCGAGAUGGGAAGUUUGAAACAGACAACCAGCAUCCAUCUUUUAAGAACCGGGUGGAUCUGCAGGACAGACAGAUGAAGGCUGGAGACGUGUCUUUGAUUCUGAAGAAUGUGACGACAGCUGAUACUGGAACAUACGAGUGUCGUGUGGCUCAAAAAUCAGAAGAAAGGAUGAAGCUCAGGAGUCGUCGCAGCCUGAUAGUUGCAGAGCCAAAAACUCUCCCAGCUGAGUCUGGACAGAACGUCACUCUGACAUCUCGAGCUCCAAACAAGAACAUCUACACUUUAGAGUGGAGUAGAGCUGACCUGGGAGGUAAAAAUGUCCUUUUCUACCAGAAACAUCACUUUGAUCCAGCCAACCAGCAUCCAUCUUUUAAGAACCGAGUGGAUCUGAAGGACAGACAGAUGAAGGAUGGAGACGUGUCUUUGAUUCUGAAGGAUGUGACGAUUAAUGACACUGGAAGAUACGAGUGUCAUGUCUUCAUGACUGAAACACGCUCAUGGGAGGUCACCAGCUUCAUCAACCUAAGAGUUGUUGAUCCACCAGGUCAGAAAAACAUCACAGCUUUGUCUGGACAGGACGUCACUCUGACAUGUCGAGCUCAAAAAAAGAUCACUGUUUUAAAGUGGAGCAGAGCUGAUCUCGGGUCAGAAUAUGUGCUUCAGUACCAUGAUAAUCAGUCUGUUCCAGAUGACCAGCAUCCAUCUUUUAAGAACCGGGUGGAUCUGCAGGACAGAGAGAUGAAGGAUGGAGACGUGUCUUUGAUUCUGAAGGAUGUGACGACUAAUGACACUGGAACAUACGAGUGUGGUGUCUUCAUGGAAGAAACACGCUCAUGGGAGGUCAUCAGCAUCAUCUACCUGACUGUUGUUGAUCCUCCAGGUCCAUCAGGAGGAAUUAUUGGACUGAUCGUUGUUGUUCUUCUUUUUCUUGUCGGUGUUGUUUUUUUGAUCUACAGAAAACAUAAAGUGUCUCGAUAUUCAUACAAGGUUCCUACUGAGAAUAAUGAGGCUCCUCAGUCUCCACAGCAGGACUGUGUCAGAGGACAGACAGAAGUGAACUAUCCUGAGCCUCCAGCAGACGGACAUUAAACAUCCACAAUUAGAUUUUUCUGAUUAUCAUCAUGUUUAUGGACAUAAAGUGGGAGUGGAUUCCCACAGAUUUUGCGUGUCAGUGUUGGUGUGGGAGUUUCACCUGUGAUACAGAGGAGCUUGUUUCUAUGGAGCCAGCUGCAAGGAGAAGGGUCUCCCCUGGAUGCCAACACUGAGCUGAGCUCUCCCAGUAAAAUAUUACAAAUAACAUAAAAUGUGUCGGUGCUGUAAUAUUCAACUUGUUUGUUUUUUCAUUCCAAGGUGAACUGUUUGUUGUGUGUCAAGCAACUGCUGUACAACAACACCUCAUUUGUGGGUUUCUCUUCAGUGUUUCUUUCUCAGUCCUUACAUGAUGUUCACGUCCAAUUUGAGAUAAGAACAAGAUAAACUUUAUUCUUCAGCCUGAAAUACAAAAAUACACAAAAAUGAAACUAUAAGAAUUUUAUAUUGUUGUACUGCUGCUACAUUUUUGUACACUGAUGCUGAGUUUUAGCACCAGUGUAUUCAAAUCAGUGUGUUUUUCUAGGACAGUGGUGACAGAGGUCAAAGGGGACUGUGUGUGUUCCCACCACAUUUGUCCACGUUACCACGGAGACAGAAAACUGCAGGUCUUUGAAGGAUCAUGAAGGAAUCUCCAAACAGGAUUAGGAAUAAUCAUAUAUGGUACACAUAAGGAACAGGGCUCAUGCAGAGGUCAUAGGGUGCCUUGACCCAGGAACAAGAUCUGUAACAGGAAGUAGAGCGGGUUAGCACUGUCCUUUCACAGCAAGGAGGUUCCUGGUUCAAAUCCCAGCAUGUACUCCUUAUGCCUGUGUGGGUGCCCUGAGUGUAAUCGACGUCCUCCACAGUCCACAGACAUCCAUGUGAGGUAAAGGGUGAUUAAACUGUCUGUGUGUGUUUAGUAGAUAAAGUGCUGUAUGAAAGUCUAGUUACGAGUGGUCAGCAGGACUAGAACAGCAGCAGUGGUUAUAUAACACAGCCAGCAGCAGGAUACAAUACUAAAUGGGCCGUGCAUCACAGUUUAAUGUGUGACUGGUUGGCUGAGCUGUUUGGUUCAGCUCAGUUUAAGAUUUUUACAAUAACAUGUUUUUGGGUGCAAUAAUUACAGAAUAAGGAACAUUGAUGGUGACUAACUUCUUCUGUUGUGCGCUUUAGUUAUAAUGUUGGAUCCAGUCCUUUUGGGUGGGUUGUUCCUGUCCUCUGUAGCGGUUUACUGCUUUUUCCAAAGCUUUUAUUUCAGAGCCUCCACCCACACAGAGUUUAGUAUCACAGUGUAGGAAGUGACUCUGCAGAAAGAAUUUCAUACUCUGACCUCCAAACACUUCCAACAAUCUGACUCUGUGCUUUGGAAUUUAGGUCACAGUUGAAACUUGGUAUUAUAAUUUCAAACCACGCCUCCACAAAUCAAACACUCUUCCUCUUCACUUUUCUUCUCAGCACAUCUGUUUACAGUUAGAGACAAACAGACAAAACAGUGCAGAAAACAACCAUUUACAGCUAAAUGCUGCCUCCUCUUUAGUGCAGUACAGAGAAUUCAUGUGUUUACAGCACACGGCAGCUUUGUUCCUUAUUUUGAUUCAUAUGUGUGAAAUAAAUAAAACAGUUUUUGGUUUGUGACUGA